AUUUCCCACUUCCAAGCGUAGUAUUGUGAAGUGAGCAGUCGGGGGUUCAUGGCGGUUCUGAGCUUCCAGGGACUGCAGCUGACUGGCCGUACUUAUGCCGGCCGAUAUCCCCAUCGGCAAGGGGCGAGACCUGUGGGAGCGGUUCGGUGUGGGAUUGCUGAGCCAUCAGGCGAAACGGCCCCGUUGGGCCAAAAGACUCGCUACAAUGACGGUAUUUUCGAGAAGGUAUUCAUGGGUCUUUUCGGUCGCAAGAUGGAAAAGUUUGCUUCUCCAAAACCUGACACUGAUAACAAUGACGGUAAGAAGAAAGGGUUGGGAUUGUGGGACUAUGACUACGAGUCAUUCGUGGAUGUGUCAAGGAGGGUGAUGCAGGGGAGGUCUCGUCUUCAGCAACAGCAAGUAGUUCGAGAGGUGCUCUUGUCCAUGCUUCCUCCUGGUGCUCCUGCUCAGUUCAGGAAAUUAUUCCCACCCACUAAGUGGGCUGCUGAGUUCAAUGCUGCCUUGACUGUCCCUUUCUUCCACUGGCUAGUUGGCCCUUCUGAGGUUGUUGAAGUAGAGGUAAAUGGGAUGAAGCAAAAAAGUGGUGUACAUAUAAAAAAGUGCAGGUACCUGGAGAACAGUGGAUGCGUCGGCAUGUGUGUCAACAUGUGCAAAAUUCCAACACAAGAUUUUUUCAAUGACGAAUUUGGACUCCCGCUAACAAUGAUCCCCAAUUUUGAAGACAUGAGUUGUGAGAUGGUAUAUGGGCAAGCCCCACCUCCAUUUGAAGAGGAUCCAGUUUCUAAGCAACCUUGUUAUGCUGAAAUCUGCUCUGUGGCAAAUCCAAACUCUUCUGUGUGUCCUAAACUACGAGCAUGAGCACAUAUUCCUUCUAAGUUGAGCUGUGCAUCACCAGAUAUCGUGUGCAUUGCCAACUAUAUGUAUGGUUUUUCUUCUUCUUCAUUCAAAUAGUUAUUAGAGUCACAAAUAAAUGAGAGCCUUAGUAUUCAACACCAUAUAUUGCAAUCAUACUGUAAAGCAUUAUCCACUGGUGUAUAAGUUUGGGCUUUUUUUUUUUUUUUUUACUUGUAUUAAUUUCUGUGGUACAAAGGGAUGUAUGACAUUUUAUCUCUGUAGUGUAGUGAUGAUGCUUGUUUGCUUCAAGCAAUUGAAUUGCGGAUACACAGACA